AUGAGCCAGUCCGUCUUCCAACCCGUAGGCCAGAAGCGGCUGACCAACAUCGCGGUGGUGCGCAUGAAGAAGCAUGGCAAGCGCUUUGAGAUCGCUUGCUACAAGAACAAAGUUCUCAACUGGCGCAACGGCAUCGAGAAGGACCUGGACGAGGUGCUGCAGACCACGACGGUGUACUCCAACGUCUCCAAGGCGGUCCUGGCGAGCCGGGAGGACCUGAAGCUGGUCUUCGGCACGGACGACGAGGACGCGGUGUGCCGCUUCAUCCUCGCCCACGGGGACCUCCAGGUGUCGGACCGGGAGCGGAAGCUGGAGCUAGACACCAAGUUCCGCGACGUGGCGGCCGUGAUCAGCGAGAAGUGCAUCAACCCCACCACCCAGCGCCCCUACACCAUCCCCAUGAUCGAGCGCGCGCUGAAAGACACCCACUUCUCCGUCGACUCCAACCGCCCCGCCAAGACGCAGGCCCUCGAGGCUUUGCCGGCGCUCCAGGAGCGCUUCCCCAUCGAGCGCGCACGCAUGCGUCUCAAGAUCACGCUGCCCCUGGCGAAUCGGGACGAGCUGCAGGGGCUUCUCACCCCCGAGAGGGCUGCCGUGCAGGACUGCGAGCUUUCGGGCUCGUCGCUGAUCAUGUUCUGCCUCAUCGAUCCCGGUCUCUUCCGGCCGGUGCACUCGCUGGUGGCAGGGGUGGGGGGCAGGGCCGAGGUCCUGGCGCUCGCAGCGACCACGACUGAGGAGGGCUCGCUGGGCCUGAACGAUCUGACUCUGGGUGACCCAGCUCCUAGUGCUACGGUGCACCCCGCCGCCAAUCCUGACAGGGCGCCUACGGCGUCUGCGGAUGCUGAUCCAGCAGCAGCCAGUCCUGCAGCAGAGAGGAGACGAGCAGCUGCCUCGGCAGCGCCACAGGCUGCACCGGCCCAGGAGACGGUGCUGUACCCUCGGGGGCCCAUCGCUGGGCUGCCCGACGAGUAUGCCUCUCGCAGGGAGCGCUGCGCCGAGCUGGACGACCUGGAGGCGGGCUGGACCAUCCAGCUGUCGUCCAAGGGCGAGAGCGGCGUGGUGGACGCCGCCUUCUUCUCCCCCAGGGGGGCGCGGGCCUGUGAGCGGGUGGCGUCCUCGUCCGGCUGCAGCACCAGUUUUGCGUCUAGUCUGCGUACAGAAGGGCCCGCCGGGUCCUGGCAAGGCGUUCAGGUGAGGCUGAAGGUGCACCACACCUCCCCUGGCCUGAAGGCGUACAAGCCCAACACCCCAGGCAUGCGCGGGCGCAUCAUUACCGCGCGCAAGGACCUCUGGUCCGGGGGCCCCUUCAAGCCGCUGACCGAGGGCCUGCGCCGCACGGGCGGCCGCAACGCCGCCGGCUGCGUCACAGCGCGCCACCGCGGCGGCGGCUCGCGCCGUGUGUACCGCCUCGUGGACUUUGUGCGCGGCACCGGUACGCCGGCCGGCACAGUGGAGCGCAUCGAGUACGACCCCAUCCGCUCCGCGCGCAUCGCGCUGCUGCGCUACGACGGCUUCGCCGGCGCGGGGCUGGACUCGGCCGACAGCCACGCCUACAUGCUGGCCCCCGCCGGGCUGGCGCCGGGGGACCGCGUGACCUGCGGCCCCGACGCGCCCAUCGUCCCUGGCUCCUCCCUCCCCCUCUCCGCCAUCCCCGUGGGCAUGCCCAUCCACAACGUGGAGCUGCGCCCGGGGAAGGGCGGCCAGCUGGCGCGGGCGGGGGGCACCGCCGCCAGCAUCACCAAGAAGGGCACCGACGGGUAUGCGACCAUCAAGCUGCCCUCCGGCGAGCAGCGGCUGGUCAGCCUGGCCUGCACGGCCACUAUUGGCGCCCUGGGCAACGCACAGCACAAGAAUGUGAAGCAUGGCAAGGCCGGCGCGACGCGGUGGCGGGGCCGGAAGCCGCGCGUGCGCGGCAUGGCUAUGAACUCGGUGGACCACCCGCACGGCGGCGGGCGCGGCAAGGUCAAGGGCCGCAUCUCGCAGACGCCCUGGGGCGUGCCCACCAAGGGCCACCGCACGCGCGACAAGGGCGCGCGCACCAACUGGGCCAUCGUCACCUCCCGGCACAAGGCCAAGCACUAG